AUGGCCAUCCCUGCCGUGCCCUGGCAUGGCACCCCUGCCGUGCCCUCGGAGCGGCAGAGUCCCCCGAACCCCCGGGAGCCUGCGGGCAGACAACGACCCCGCUCCGAGCUGGCGGCUUUCGCUGCAGGAGACUAUCUCGUCCAGGACUACGUUUCCCAGCGGCUCCUCCCGGGGCUGCACAUGCUCGAUGCUGCUCCCGGCAGCUCCUGGCGCGGCGCCCAGUGCGGCGGAAGGGCUGCCGGUGCGGCUGCCGGUGCGGCUCCCGGUGCGACCGGCGGCGCGGCGCUGCCCGGCGCGGAUCCCGGGGCAGACACCGGGCCGGGUCCCGGCGGUUCCCUGUGCAGCUCCCGGCGCAGUUUCCUGAGCACCUCCCGGUGCCGCCCCCGGCGGGGCAUCCUCCCGGUGCGCCCUCGGGAGCGCACGGCCGAGCCCCGCCGCUGGCCCGGGCCCGAGCGAUCCCGAGCAGCCCCGCCUCGGGCCGGCAGCAUGCCCCGCGGGCGAGCCUGGACGCAGGCGGAGGUCAGCAGCCUCCUGUCGCUGGUGGGGGGCUCGGGGGAGGCCGCGCUGCUCAUGGCCUCCACGUCGCGACCCAACGAGGCGCUCUGGCGGGAGAUCUCCCGGGGUCUGGCGGCGGCCGGCUACGGGCGCAGCGUGGCCCAAUGCCGCUCCAAGUGGAAGGCGCUCAAGCAGGCUUUCCACUCGGAGCGGGAGACGCGCCGGAGGGCAGGACACCACUCGCCCCGGCUGCCGCCGCACUACCGAGCCAUGAAGAGCAUCUGGAAGGCGGCCGGGCGGCCCGUGUUUGGCGAACGGAGGAUGCCAGACGUGGUGAAGCUGCCCUCCAGAGGGCGCAAGUCAGCCCUUGCUACACGCUCUCCAUCCUCACCAGAGCCACCAGAGCACGACGUUGGUGGGGACACCCCCAGCACACUGCUGUCACCCGUGCUGCAGUGUGCAAAGGACAAGCCAGAGAGCCAUAAGUACAUGCUACCAGCCCCAGAGCAUCCCACCCACAUGUGUAUCCUGCACACCCCUCACUGCUCACACUCCUGGGGAUUUGGCACUGAGGUGAUGCAGGAUACAUCCCAGAGUCUGGUUUGCCUGGGCUCCCCAGCCAUCUUCCCACAUUGGGUAACCACCUUCUGUCUCCCCAAAUUCCCCCUGCAGUUUCAAGUGGAUGUGGGAUUCUUCUUCUCUUCCAGUCCUAGUCUGUUGUGUAGCGUUGCUGCGCGCUGCUCCGCCGCUGCUGCCUUCCAGCCCAGAGGUGGCUGCAUUGCAGUGGUGGCAGCUGGUGGGGAACACAUUGCUGGAGUGCCACCCACACCCCCUGCCAUGCCACACACUGGUUGCUGCUUCUCUCCCCUCUCUCUCCUGGGCUGUCACACUGACCUGAAGCAGGAAGGAGCUGAGGGAAAGGCCAGUUUUCCUGGUGAAACAUCCCUGAGGAUGGGAAGAGGAAACCGAGUGCUGCCACUGACUGCUGCAGCCAUAGGCUCCCACAGGACAGCAGCCAUGAGUGAGCAGCCAGCAGCAGGGUCUGGCAUGGCAGGCUUGCUCCAGAACGUGCAGCAACUGCUGGUGCAGAUCCUGCAGACAUCACGGCAGCAGCAGGCACUACUGGAGAGCCUGGCCAGCGACACAGUCUCCCACCUCCACCUCCUCUCCCACAGCCUCGUGCAGGUGGGCGAGACCCUGCACCAACUCCUGCUCUGGCCUCAUCCUGGCCCCAUUGGCCACUAUGUCCCCCACGUGCCCCUUUUUGAGGGUGGCUCCGGAGUGCCCUGCUCCCCUGGUGCUCCCCACACUUCCCCGGACCACAAAGAGGAGCCUCAGCUGUCCCCUGAUGCCAGGUGCAUCCCACCCUGAGUGCCACCAUCACUCACCCCAGGAGCAACAACUUUACUACAGAGCUUGGCACAAAUCUUUAUAUCAGAGGUUCCAGAUAUUUUGAAAGUUUAUACUAGA